UAAUGGCGACUGUAAUUGACGUUUGCCAGCCGGGGUGAAGGGGGAACUAUUUCACUUUCAGUUAUUUCUUUAAUUGUUCCAUUUUGCAUCUAUGGAAAAGGUGCAUUUGUUAUUCGUAAACUUAAUGGUUGAUCGCAUGACGUUUUGUUUUAUUGAACACUAUUUAUCUAGUGUUUACUAGUAGAGUGUUGUGUCAGAGUACGUCCACUCCAAUAAGUGUUCAUCAAAAAUGACGAUGCAAAAGAAAAGAACGACAAACUUUCGCGAAGAUGAAACGAAGCUUUUGAUUCAGUUGUGGGGCAGCCCGUCUAUUCAGACUCAAAUGAGUACUUGCCACAGAAAAGCACCAAUAAUGAUCCAACUUGCAUCAAUGAUGCAACAGUAUGGUUUCUACCGCACUCCCGAGGAGAUCACUACAAGAAUAAGAAAUCUUAAGUGUAUCUAUCACAGGAUAAAGAAGACUCUGAGCACUGGUUUAAUUACUGACCCUGACUGGCAUCAUUUCAAAGCAAUGGAUGCUAUUCUUGGUGAUGGAAUGAUAGCCCAUAGAUACAGUAUUGGAGUGGAUGGUUUCCCAAGAAGAGAAAUAAAGAAGGAACUUGUUGACAUGGAAGAUAUUAUAAAUUCGAAGUUUAGUAAUGAUAGUCACAGUUCAGGAUGUGAUGAUGAUGGAGACACUGUUGGAAAUUACAUCUCCUCAUCACCAAUGCAGGGUUUGACUAUCACAUCAUCAACACCAAUCAUUGCUGGACCAUCAUCUACCAACAGAGUGAGUAGUUCAGCCACUUCACACAAGACAAAGUAUGGAGAAGAUGACGAACCAAGUCCUGGCAGUGGAGAGCCCAAACGGCAGCGGCUUCAGGGACCCAGCGUCGGGAGAUCAAGCCACAGGGAUGAUUCCCUUCCGAACAGUCCAGACACAAGGAAGCAACACGAGCAGCCUGAAGUAACUGGCCUUCUUCAACAGUUACUAGAUGUUGAGAGGGAACAUUUGGAGAUUGAAAAGCAGCGCCUUGAAUUUGAUAGGAAAGUCGGGUGUCAGCUCAUGGCGCUAAUUCCGAUAGUGGGAAGUAUACUGCAGAAUCAGUUUUUGUUUCAGCAACAGCAGCAGCAGCAUCAUCAACAACAACAACAACAAGGACAAGAUGCGGCAGAAUCUCCAGAAAAUAAUAGUGAUGGGGAUUCUGAUCAGAAUUCCUGUGAUGAAGAAGUUCGAAAGGAUGAAGCCCAUUUCUCGAGAGAAGAACUGUCACCCGAUUUGGGCUGUGGUAUACUCCAGUCAUUCACUGAUUUUGGAUCCUAAUUCUCCAUAAUUUUUAGUGAAUUGUAUUAGUUGUAUGGAAAAUGAAAGGGAGUUCCUUUCUUUUUUACAACAUUUAUAGUACAAAGCAUCUGAUGGAAGUUAGAGGUACAAAUGAUUUCCUUUUUAAAAACUGACGUAAUAUACGGUGUUUAGGAAAACGUAAUUGUAACCGUGUACUGGAUAUUUAUUAUUAUAAGAGUAUUUGACACAACUUUGCAAUACAGUGACCAUUUAUUUAUGUCUUGAUUUUCCUAUUUUGCUUGCAUAAUCUUCUGUCAUAGCUGCACUUUACACUGACAGCUGUGUACCAGUGAAGUUAAAACAUAUUUUAUUCAUAUUUAAAUAAGGUUAUAUUAGGUUAGGUUAGUUCAGUUUAAGUUAGGUUAGGUUAGGUUAGGUUAGUUCAGUUUAAGUUAGGUUUUAUCAGAUUAAUUCUGCAACAAGUUCCGUAGCAGAGAACGUGGUUGGAUGACACAGAAGGUUAAAUGUAUGAUCACCAUAUUGUAAAGUUAUUCUAGAGUAUUUAUACUUAGUGAUAAAAUUGUGGCUUUUAAGACUUGCAGUAAUACGAAGGCUUCCAUACGCGUUUUGUUGGAAAGGAAUCUAGUCAGUACCACACGAGUGUACACCGGUAACUUCAUCCUGGUGUGUCUCCACCUUUUACAUGUGGUGGUACAGUAAAAGUAGUUCAUUAGUUCAUAGGACGCCAAAUGAUUUUGUAUACACAUUUGUGCGCUUGCAUAAACUAUGUCCAGUUUUGAAUAAGUGGAGUAUGUAACAAAUAUAAAGAAAUAUGAAAUAA